AUGGCACGCGCAUCAGAUCUUAGCUGGGUCUGGGGUUGGCUGCCCCUUGACGACAAGUACGAGUGGGAUUCUAUCUUCACCAUAGACGAGGCUUUUGACAACAAACACUACAAUAUUACCUUCGCCGCUAUCUCCGUUCUUUACAAGAUCCUCAAAGCGAUAAGCAUCAUCCUUGUGCCCAUCGCAAUCCUCCUCGGCCACUGGCUUGCCAGCUUGGCCGUACUAAUCCUUUCCGUCGUCAGGCUGUCCAUUUUGGUUCUCAUCCUGAAAGUAUUUGGAGAUGGAUUCGAAAGCCACCAAGAGGUGGUAAGACCAUUCUUUUCCACCAGGUGGAAUAUUGGGGAGUGUCUAUCGAUGUCAAGCCUCCUUACAUACUUUCCCAUGAUCAGGUUUAGGGCUUGCCAAGCAAUAGAAAUUGUGAGGGAACAUCUCGUUUCUAUACGAGACGAGCUAUACGAAAUCACAGGCAUUGACUUUCGUUAUCCUGACCUACCAGACGGAGACGUAACCCACAUCCAACCCAGCGAUACUCGUGCGGAACGGUGGAUGAGGCAGCUGGUCCAGGAGGACAGGAUCAGAAGGAGAAGGGGCAUCGAGAAUGAAAGGAUUAGCGGCCAUGAUGUUAUCGGAAAUCAACAAGAAAGCCUGGACGGAGGACCAGAAACACCAGCCGCAAGAACCAAUCCUCACGACAGUGACGAGGAGAUGGGGAGUUUCGAGCCUGGUGCCGCCGGGGAUCCCGGCGUAAGUUCAAAGGAGGAGCAGACCCCUCUAGCAUCUACAAUUUAUGACGCUCAAAUGGCCGAUGUAUGGCGACCAAAUGAAGAAGAAAGUAAAAGAAUUGGAGAUGCAGCUCAGAACCUGUUUAAAGACCUCAUGGACCAAGAUGACGAAGACUCCUCGGAAGACACAAAACCAGAAAGAGAGCCGUCAAUGAGCCCAAUGAGAGAGAUAGUAACCGAAGAUCAACAGGCAAACCUCGAAGAUACUCCUAUGCAGGAUAUGCAGUCGUCUGCACCACCCGCCAUUACCGCUGGACUUCACCUACCGAUUCAGCAACCAGAGGGCCCGCGUGUCCAGGCGCAGCCUUUCAUAUCGCCAGAGUCUCGUCCCAUAGGCCAAGGGAUGUCUCCACGGGAGGAAGCCAAGCUUGCGGACAUGCUUGUGGCCGCGUUUGAGGAACAUGGCCCGGACACACCCACACAAGAUGCUCAACCUCCCAGUGUUCGCCCUCAACCUCUCACGUCUGCAGACCCGCUUCUAGAGGCUUUUCGUGCUAGACUCACGGCAGCAGAAACUGAACCGCAGCCAGACAAGUACUACGCGCAGGUUCCCAAGGACCGCGGUCCUCUUGAUCCAGUAAACGAAGACAGAGGAGUUGAUAUAGCGGAGAUGGACUUGGCGGCUCGCAGUCUAUCAGACCUCGCAGCUGCUACGGGUAUUGUUAUCGGGAAUGAUGCUUCAAACCAGGCAGCGUCUCCUUCAGGCAAGGACUCUAGUCAUAAGGACACUGACGCCCAGAAGACUGAUGUCCAUAUCACAAGCAGUCAGAAAACUAGUACUCAUGAGACUAACAUGCAGGAGUCAUCCGUCAGCGAUCCUGAGGUCGAAAGGCAAACGGCAAUGACCCUGCCAGAGGAACAAUCUGGACCAAACUCACAACAACCUCAAAGCGCCUCUGCAUCUAUCUUGUCAGCUAAAAGCCAACCCUCACUUGUUCAGUCAACGCCCACUCAAACACCGCCAGCCCAACCAUCACCAGCAGCCGCAAGCACAGCCGCAGCUCAGCAACAUACUCCUACCACCAAUAACUCACCCACCGCAGCGGGCCCCAUCAAUACGCAACAACAACCAACUACAGCUACACCAGCACCCAAGAAAUCUGGCCCUGACCCCGAGAAGGUUGCAGAAUUCCACAGGAAAAAGCAGGCACAACUGAAGAAGCAAAUACCGAAGAAGCCAGUCAAUAUCUUCAUGCAGACGAAACGGCCUGCUGCAGUUCCAUCCACACCUAACAUACCUCAGAAGAAUCCAAACUCUUCCACUCAAGGACGGUCGCCAUCGCUAACGGCUAUUGAUGAAGGCGAUAAGAAUACGAUGGCUGGUCUAGAUUUGCUCUUUGGUGUUCCAGGGUCUAAUAAAAAGAAACAAGGCCUACAAAUUAUCGACAUCAAUGACAUCCCGGAUCAUCAGAGAACUCGGAUACAGAAAGAUGAUGCCGGACGUAAAGAUGAAGAAGAAGAAUAG